AUGUCAAAACGAGAAUACAGUAAUAUUCAUUCAACUUGUGAUCGGGUUGAUAAUCAUAAUAUCGACUCAUCUUCACCACCGCUUUCGCAAAGAAUUUCAAGCAACAACAAGAAACAGAAAUUGGUUCCAAGAACAAUGCUGAAUAACGAAAAUACUCGGAUGAUCAUGAUUGAUUGUUUAAUUUCCUCUUUUCAUCGUGAUGAUGAUCAUGAGGGGAAUUCAGAAACUAGUUCUAGCCACAUUCGGAAAUUGGGCACAUUGUUGAAAAAGAAAUUUUCAUUGCAACAAUUGGGAAAGAAGAAAUGGUUAUUGAAUCGGGAAAUGAAAUAUUCAAAUUUCUUUCCUAUCGAAUUUAUGAAUGACAAAGAAUUUGUGUUGAAUCAUGUUAAAAAGUAUGGCUAUGGAUUACGAUUUGCAUCCACACAAUUACAACAAGACAGAGAUUUUGUGUUGAAUGUGGUUCAAUAUGCUGGAUCAGAACUACAAUACGCAAGUCGUAAUAUUUGCAAUGACAAAGAAGUGGCAUUGGUAGCCAUAAAGAAACACAUGUCUGCACUAUACUAUGUCUCUCAAGAACUGUUAUGGAGCAAGGAAUUUGUAUUAAAAGUAGUUCAAUGUCACGGCAAAGCCUUGUGGUAUAUGAAUAUGAAGGGAUAUCGAGAUGACAAGGAAAUUGUUUUAGCUGCUGUGAAACAACAUGUUGAAGCAUUGAAACAUAUUCCUUUACUAGGAAAAUUGAUGAAGGACAAACAAUUUUUUAUUGAAGUACUUCAACAAAAUAAGAGAGCACUUCCAUGGGUACCAAAAGAUUUACUCAAAGAUUCUGAUUUCAUGUUAAAAGCUCUCAAAGUCAUAUAUCCUGAAUUUAACCCUUUAGAGUCUUUUGAUGAUUUACAGAAAGAUAUCAUGCUCAAAGUAGUCCAAGAAUUCGGUUUUCUACUUGAAUAUAUGCCAAAACGGUUUAGGAAAGACAGAGACAUUGUUUUAAAUGCCGUUCGAAAUGAUGGCAAUUUGCUUUAUUUUGCAUCUAAUAGAUUGAAGAGAGAUAGAGAAGUUGUGCUUGUGGCUGUUAAUCAAAAUGGUAAGGCAUUGAAAUUUGUCCCUGACGAGUUGCUGUCAGAUAGAGAAAUUGUUUUGGCUGCUCUACGUCAAAAUAGUUACGCCUUAGAGUUUGCACCCAAAGAGUUAAAGGGUGACAAAGAUGUAGUGCUAGAACUUGUUCGACACAACGGUUAUGUGCUUGGAUUUGCAUCCAAAGAGUUACAACGUGACAAAGAUGUGGUUUUAACAGCUGUAAAGCAAGAUGUUCUUGCUCUACCGUCCGCAGAUGACACCAUGAAGCUUGAUCAAGACAUUGUAUUUGCUGCUAUCCAACGAGACAAGAGUGCUUUGAAAUAUGCAGCUGAUCAAUUGUUAGGUGACAAACAAUUCUUGUUGAAGGCCAUCAAACUCGGAUGUACCAAUGUGUUUGAAGUGGCUCCAAAAGAAUUUACUCAAGACAAAGAAUUCAUGUUACAAGCGAUUCAGCUCAAUAGUCUGGGAGUACUUGGAUUCUCAUAUAUUUGCGUUGAUCGAGAAAUUGUGUUAGCAGCAGUUAAGAAUAAUGGUUGCGCGUUGAAAUAUGCAAGCGAAGAAUUACAACAAGAUCGAGAGAUUGUUUUGGAAGCUCUUAAAUGCAAUGGUUUUGUUCUACAGUACAGUGAUGAAUUGUAUCAAGAAAGAAUGAGUCAAUGCUAUGAUGAUGCUUGUUAA